AUGAGUGUGCAUGUGAAGAGAUGCAACCAAGCCAGAAAGAACCCACAUAUAUCUGUCAAACACUCGCCGCUAGUUGAUUGGGAAGCUUCACCCAGAUGUUCCGACAUCCAUUCAAUUCAAUUCCUGUUGAUCAACAACUCCAGAGCACCACGGUGA